AUGAAGCGUGGUGCCACAAAGGGCGUCAGUCUUUCGCGGCGAAAGGCAAAAGGCGACGCGUUUGAGAAACUGCCAACUGAUGCUUCUGUUGCCGAACUCAAGGCUGCUGCCGUCCAUGUGUCGUUGGCAGAUCUCGAGGAUAGGGUUGCCGAUGUGCGCGAUUCGUGGGAGACGGAUUCCUUGUUUGAGGAUGCGUUUGAGGAACUUGCCAAGGGCAACAUUGACCUAAGCGACUCUGCCGAAACUUGCACACCCGAAGAGUCAAGCAGGCUUCGUCGGGAACUGCGAGAGCAAGGACCGGCCAUCUUUUGCCAAAGGACCGUAGAUUGCGGUCGCUACACAGCCAAGAAGCUGCUGAGUGCCUUUUCAAUCAAACCACCUGCAUUUCUUGAAGGGGAGCCGGAUGAAGCCUAUUACAGCCUCCUGUCCCUGGCCAUCUCAAGAGAGCUGUCUAAGCGUAUCAAGUUGAACGACUACAACUCCGUUGGAGAUGCUGUUGACCUGAUUCAAAAAUGCAAAAACAUCAUUGUCAUCACCGGCGCGGGCAUUUCCACCUCCCUCGGCAUCCCCGAUUUUCGUUCCAAGGGAACCGGUCUGUAUUCCAAGCUGGAACACCUGGGACUCAACGACCCGCAGGAAGUAUUCGACAUCGACGUCUUCAAGCAAGACCCAACCAUCUUCUACUCAGUAGCCAAGGAUAUCGUUCCUGCCACAGACCGCUAUACCCCGACUCACAAAUUCAUCAGCAUGCUGCAUCAGCGCGGCAAACUCCUCACCAACUACUCCCAAAACAUUGACAAUCUCGAAGUCAAAGCCGGCUUGCCCAAGGACAAGCUCAUCCAGUGCCACGGCUCCUUCGGCACAGCCAGUUGCGUCCAGUGCGGCUACCAAACCGAGGGAGAAAAAAUAUUCCCCGACAUCAAGGCAGGCAACAUCCCCCGAUGCCCACGAUGUAUCCAGACCCUCCGCACCAACGGCAGAUCAGUCAAGAGAAAGCGCUCAGCUAGCGCCGACAAGCGCCGCAACAGACGGUGGUCCGCAGACGACAGCUCUGACAACGACUCGGAGUACGAUAUCCCCUCUGCUGGUGUCAUGAAGCCCGACAUCACCUUUUUCGGUGAAGCCCUCCCCGACGCCUUCUCCAAGCGUCUCACCGAACAUGACCGUGACAAGGUUGACCUCGUCAUCGUCAUUGGCACAUCCCUCAAAGUCACACCCGUCUCUGAAAUCGUCAGCUGGCUGCCCGCCCAUGUGCCCCAAAUCUACGUCUCUCGCCAGGCAGUCAACCACAUCAACUUUGACAUUGACCUCCUCGGCGACUGUGACAUUGUCGUCACAGAACUCUGCCGCCGCCUCGGAUGGCCAUUCAAGCAUGAAAUGGUGCCCCCCAAGCAGGUCAUCAACGUGACUGCUGAAACAAGCUUCACAAGCAGACAUGUUUUUGAGGCUGUAACUCCCCAAACAAACGGUAAUGGCGUCAAAAAAUCACCCGAGACAAAGAAGUAA